GUCACUAACAGUCGCUAGCAGAAGGGCUAACCCUUAGCUGGUCGUUGUUGUUGUUAGCUUUGGAAAGCAGUCAUCAAGGAGCUUCAACAAACACUUCUUCUUACAACUAAACGCCGAGGAGCCACUCUUACAGCAAAGGGAACAAAACAAAAGUCAAUAUGUGCUCGGUUGUUGGAUGUUAUUCGGGGCAUAUCGGCGUGCAAAGGUUCAAGUUACCAGAAGAUCCAGACAGGAGGUUUGAGUGGGUUCAGUUCCUCUUCGAAGUAAAUGAACAAAGAUUUAAAGAGUCAGACUGGACUGAUAUAACCAUCUGCCGGGCGCACUUUACUAAAGACUGUUUUGUCAAACCGACUUGUAAGAAUGGCACGGCUCAGCUCAAGUCCAGUGCAGUCCCGUCUCUGUUUAUCAAGGCAAACACAGACGAGGCUCCGGAGGACGCACAGUCACCGGAAAUGGCAUCAGACGAAGACGUUUUCUCUGAAACUGAUACUUUGAAUGGUAAAGAAGGCCAUACCUCGGAAGAGGAAGAGGAAGACGACCAAGACCGGGUGAGUUCAGAUGAGGAUUGGAAUCCGACGCAUGAUUUUUUGCCUGUAAAGGCGUCUGAAGAAGAGAGCGAAGAGGAGGAGGAGGAGAAGAAGAAGAAGAAGAAGAUGAAGAAGAUGAAGAAGAAUUUGAUUACCGAUGGGGCCUCAAAAUUAAUGAGCUCUGCACAGAGUGUGGUAGUUUUUAUAGUCAAAAGCCUCACACAUGUGAGCACAAAAUUAAACCCUUCUCCUGUAACAUUUGCGGGAAAAGAUGUGUCAACGAGAUUUCUCUGAAAAGUCAUAGCAGGAUCCACGAUGAAACCUACGAACAUCCGUGUAAAUACUGCAAUGUUACUUUCAAAACGAGGAUGGACAAACUGAAUCACGAGCAGUUUCAUCAAGUUAACAAUGAUCCCUACAAAUGUCCCGACUGUCCAAAGACAUUCACCACCCGUAAAGAACGAAACGAGCACCUGUCAAAUCACAGACCCCGGAUGUAAUCCAAUGUGGAAUUUGCGGGAUUGAAUUUAGUCAAAUACAUCAUCUUCAGAGACACUCUGUUGUGCACACAGGACUGAAACCGUACAAGUGCUC